CGGGCCUGAAGCUGUCGUCUCCGCCUCUCGGGCAUUCGGCCAGCCGCAUCUCGCCGUCCUUCUUCCUUCUAGCUCCUUUACUUCCUUCCUUCCCUCCUUCCGCCAGGCGCGAUGGAGCCGGGACGAGGGGCGGCCGCGGCGCUGGUGGUGCUGCUGUGCGCGGGUUGCGCGCUGCGCUCCGCGCGCGCCCAGUAUGAGCGCUACAGCUUCCGCAGCUUCCCGCGGGACGAGCUGAUGCCGCUCGAGUCGGCCUACCGGCACGCCCUGGACCAAUACAGCAGCGAGCACUGGGCGGAGAGCGUGGGCUACCUGGAGAUCAGCCUGCGGCUGCACCGGCUGCUGCGCGACAGCGAGGCCUUCUGCCACCGCAACUGCAGCCUGGUGCCCGAGCCCGAGCCCGCCGGCCUCGCCCGCUAUCCCGAGCUGCGCCUCUUCGGAGGCCUGCUGCGCCGAGCGCACUGCCUCAAGCGCUGCAAGCAGGGCCUGCCAGCCUUCCGCCAGUCGCAGCCCAGCCGCGAAGUACUGGCCGACUUCCAGCGCCGCGAGCCUUACAAGUUUCUGCAGUUCGCCUACUUCAAGGCAAAUAAUGUUCCGAAAGCAAUCGCAGCUGCGCACACCUUUCUACUGAAGCACCCCGAUGACGAAAUGAUGAAGAAAAACAUGGCUUAUUACAAGAGUUUGCCUGACGCUGAGGACUACAUUAAAGACCUGGAAACCAAGUCAUAUGAGAGCCUGUUCAUUCGAGCCGUGCGGGCGUACAACGGCGAGAACUGGAGGACCUCCAUCACCGACAUGGAGCUGGCCCUUCCCGACUUCUUCAAAGCCUUUUAUGAGUGUCUCGCAGCCUGCGAGGGCUCCAGGGAGAUCAAGGACUUCAAGGACUUCUAUCUGUCCAUAGCAGAUCAUUACGUGGAAGUGCUGGAAUGCAAAAUACAGUGUGAAGGGAACCUCACCCCCGUUAUCGGAGGCUACCCCGUGGAGAAAUUCGUGGCUACCAUGUAUCAUUAUUUGCAGUUUGCGUAUUAUAAAUUGAGUGACCUGAAGAACGCAGCCCCCUGUGCGGUCAGCUACCUGCUCUUUGACCCCAGCGACCAGGUCAUGCAGCAGAACCUGGUGUAUUACCAGUACCACAGGGACAAGUGGGGCCUGUCGGACGAGCACUUCCAGCCCAGACUGGAAGCGGUUCAGUUCUUUAAUGUGACUACACUCCAGAAAGAGCUGUAUGACUUUGCGAAGGAAAAUAUAAUGGAUGAUGAUGAGGGGGAGGUUGUGGAAUACGUGGAUGACCUCUUGGAGCUGGAGGAGACCAGCUAGUCCACAGCAGCCAGAGAGACUUUCCUUCGAAGUUUUCAGGAAACACAGACUCCUUGCCUUCCCCUCCCCCUGGCCCGAGGGGUUGAUACCUCAAAGCCUCUCUUUACUCUGUGAAGUGAAAGGGAAGCCCCACCUCUCACUACAUGUAACACGGGGUGAGCCUGCCCUCCCCGUGACCACACCUGCCUCCCCCUCGUCACUCCUGCUUCCUCCGCGUUCCCACCUGCCUCUCCACCUUCACACCUGUCUUCUCCGUAUCCGUACCUGCCUUUCUCACCAUUGCAGUCGGAAGGAGAGUCUUCUGUUUGUUUCCCCAGAAAAACUUAAUAUUAUUUUUUAAAUAAGAAAAAUACUCCUAGAAGAUGAUGAAUUGUGAAAACCUACUUCGACCUUUCUACUCUUCCAGAUAUUAGUCUUUCUUACCCCUGUGCCCCGAUCCAGGAAAGCUGGUGGAAGACAAGGGCUAAACUUCCGCACACCCGUGGCGGUCUGCACAUGGUCCGACCUGCACCGUUUCUGGCACCCCCUGAAAGAGAAGUUGGACGACAGCGUGCCUUGCAGAACUGUGGCUUUUGCUCCUCGCUUUUUGCAUCUCCUGUGUCCUACCAUGGUUGGUCUGUUCCAGCUGGGUACAAGACUCAGUCACUAGGCCCUGAGUUGGAAAUGGAAGAAAGCAGAGGGAGUCUUGUUUCAUUUGUUCCUUCAAUAAAUAUUUAUUGAGCACUGCCUAUGUGCUAGGCAUUGACCUGCCACUGGAGAUUCUGCAUUGAAUAAAAGAAAAAAAAAACCCUUGCCCUCACAGAGCCUGCAUUCUACAAGGAGAGACGGACAACGAAUAAACGGGAGUAAAUAUAGGGAGGGUGUCAAGGGUGAUCAUUGCUGUGGAGAAAAGUAAACCAGGCAAGGUGGCAGGGUAGCCUGGAGAUGGGGCUGCAGUUUUAAGUAGGGUGGUCAGGGAAGGCUUCAGGUGACAGCAGAGCAGAGGCCUCAGGUAGCAGGUCUCAGGGAAAAGCAUCUAGGCAGAGGGAACAGCACGUGCAAUGCUUUCCAGGGAGAACACCUUGCUGUGAUCAGGGACCCGCAAGGAGGCGCUGGAGAUGAGUGGGCAAGGGGAAGGAUAGAAGGACAAGGGGCUCGAGACUCGUGAGUAUGGCAGAGUGGGGAGAGGACAGAUGGCCUAGGGCCUUGCUCAGCAUGUAGGGCCUUUGGCUUCUCUAACUGGGAUGGAAGCCCCCGGAAGGUUUGAGCAGAGGAGUGCCUUGACUUCCAUUUCACAAGGAUUAUUCUGGCCGUCCUGUUGUGAAAACCCUGAAAGUGAGCAAAGCGGAAGCAGGCAUACGGGUUAGGAGGCUCCUGCAGAAGCCCAGGCAAAGGGAACGUAGGCUUGGACCUGGGGGUAGUCAUGGAAAGGAGGCUAAGUGCUCAGAUUGUGCAUUCAUUUUGACAGCAGGGCCAAUAGAAUUUGCUGACAGAUCGGAAGGUGACCUCAAGGUUUUUGGCCUGGUUAACAGAUAGGAUGGAAUUGCCAUUUCCAAAGAUGGGGAAGAUGGGGGGAAGGAUAAGUAAAGAGUUUUGUGUAAAGCAGGCUGAGUAUGGGGUGAGAGGUGCAGGCUGCAGACCAAAUUUGAGUUUUCUCAGG